UAAAUCAGACAACCUGACUCGAACCAAAUCCAACCUUGUUGAAACUCCACCGCCAGCCUCCCACGAUUGUUGAGACGCUCUUUUUUGUGUCUGCCGUAACUGCUUUUCCCGCUACCAUCGCCACUCCUCCGUCCUCUGGCCCUCUACCUAAAUAAUUAGCUUAUUCUUAGAGUUUGGGUAGGAUUCCAACUCGGAAAUCGACAUCGCCCCAGGAGCUCCGUUUCAGCCUCUGGGACCACCCCUCGAUGAGCCAACUUAACCGUACUUGAGGCGUCUUCUUCGACAGGCUGGUCCUUUCCUCGACCUCUGAACCUGAUUUUCGACCUGUUGUUGUCGUCCAUCUUUCUUACGAUAUACACAAACCAUAACCAACACGCGACGAAACGCCCUAUCCUAUCUGUUAUUAUAGGGGAUUCCUGCCCGCCCGCUGGUGCUAGAUUGUGUCUUUCGUUCCAGUCUCAGAGACUCUUGCACAGUUCUCCACCAAACUGACGGGCCGGUAUGGACGCCCAAGUUAGAGAGAGCCUACAUGAGCCUCUCCCUUUGACCGCGCCUACCGAACGAGGAUCCAUGAUGGCACGAGACCCGGCUCCCGAGACCCCCAAGAUGGCUCACGAUUCUUUGGUAACGGUUCGCCUCUCCGAACCGGAUUCUAUAGUCCUUGAUUCUCCCAUUGCCACUUCGACAAUUGAUACAAACCAGACAACUCCUACCAAGGAUCCAGAUGGUGGCCGCCCUGAUACUCCCAUAUCUCGCAAGUCUAGCCUGUUGGUAGUCGACACGGACGAUAAGGACGAAAAGGACGAUAACCCGGACGACGAACCGGAAACUUUGAUUAAGGAAGACGUGGUCGAUACAGAGGCUUUGCGUUUUUCUUCAGCGACUAUGCCACCACCGAUUUUAACAACGCGGUCACUACAAGACGAGUUGGCUGAUGAUGGCAAUAUAUCAGACGACCAGGACGAAGUGAACUGGGCACAACUUGAGCAAAAGGAAGAUGAACAGACCAAGGACGAAGAAACAGAUAACUCAACUGCAUUGUUGUUGGCCCGACUUGAACAGGAAAAUGCAAAGCUGGCUACGAACCCAAAGAGCGUCAAAGUCCAAGGCGUUGACCGUGCUACUGCUGAACGUAGUGCAGUCAGCAGACCUCGACCGCCAUCAAUGGCACAGCUUCGCCAGAUGGUCCAGGGACCCACGCCUCCUGCUCUACGAUAUUCGAUGCUACCACCACCUCCCAUGACAGAUCUCGAAUUCUACGCCGCUCUCGUUAAGGAUUACAAACAAACAGCUGCCCGACUUCCGACUCUUCUCUCAAAUAAGAUUCGUAAAGGUAUCCCUCCACCGUUGCGUGGGGUGGUUUGGCAAAGCAUGUCUGGAGCUCGGGAUGCUAUAUUGGAAGAACAGUUUGAUCGCUUCUGUGGCGAGUCUAGUCCAUACGAAGUUAUAAUUGGCAAAGACUUGGGCCGAAGCUUCCCAGGUGUAGACAUGUUCCGAGAUCCAGAGGGUGAUGGACAGCGUAUGCUUGGCCGCGUCCUCAAGUGCUUCAGUCUCUACGACACCAAGAUUGGCUAUUGUCAAGGGCUGGCCUUUCUGGUCGGCCCAUUGCUGAUGCACAUGCCCGACAAACAGGCAUUCUGUGUUUUGGUUCGCCUCAUGGAGCAAUACGACUUAAGGGCGUGUUUCCUCCCUGAUCUGUCGGGUCUCCACGUACGCAUCUACCAAUUCAAGGAGCUGCUACGCCAAAGCCUCCCAGUCUUGUCGAAUCACCUUGACGAGCUACAAGUUGACCCUGCUUAUGUUUCGCAAUGGUUUCUCAGCUUUUUUGCCGUGACCUGUCCCUUGCCAAUGCUGUUUCGCACUUACGAUGUGAUCUUUGCAGAGGGUGCUUCAGAGACAUUGAUGAGAGUCGCGCUAUCCUUAAUGCGGAAGAACGAGGCGCGACUAUUGGCUUGCACGGAAAUGGAGGAUGUGAUGCAACUUCUUUUAUCUCGGGGUCUUUGGGAUUGCUAUCAUUACAACGCCGAUGAAUUUGUUCAGGACUUUGUCGGGCUGACAGGUGCUGUUACCGCCGAAAACAUGCAGCAGCUUGAGCAAAGUUACCGCGAGUCCAAGGCGGCCAUCACGAACCCUGUCAGAGGUUCAGAGAUUACUACUGCAGCUAGCCGUUUUCUCGGCCGGAUAUGGGCUACCUCUACCAACAGCAAAUCUUCCAAUCUUAGCCCUGGAAACACUGCGCCUGCAAGACCGACGAGUAUGCUGCGACGAAGCGCAUCCAAGCAAAGUCUUGCAUCGACAUUGAACUCGAUGGAGGCUAGCUCAGCUAGCGUCACAAGUUCAUCAUCAACAGACGUAACCUCAAUGUCGAGAGAUUCUUCCAAUACUGAGGAUGGCCGGGAAUCUACACCAGUCGGCAAUAAGACAAUAACAGCCCAUAAAAACACCGACGAACGAAACCUGCAUGGUCAGAUCGAAGACCUCCUUACCGCUCUUAGUGAGCUCCAGCGUAACCAUGCUUUAUUAUCGAAUCAGCUACAACGGGAACGCGAAGAGCGACAAGAAGACCGCAAGGCCGUCCAGUCACUUUUGAAUGGAUUGAGACAGAAGGCUGACUCUUCUGUGUCAAGACCCAACAGCCCACAACCAUCGGUUUUAUCCGAUAAAGAGGACACCUCAGAGUCGGACAAAGGUGAAAAGUCGGAGACAGAGGAAGAUGAGUCUAAGACACCGAAUCCUGAGGAAAAAGUCCUAGCGAGCGAUGACGAGGCUCAGAAAGGAGCGCCAUCCACCACCGAGGACCUGGAAAAUCUGCUCAAUAUUGUCGAACAGCGGUUCCAAGUGGAGGAUGACAAACGACGUUCAUCUAUGCUGAUAUCAAAGGCGCAGCUGCAGGAUGAGCUGAACCACGCAAAGGAUCAGCUUGCCGCUGCACUGUCGCAGUCACAAGAGUACAGCCGCCAGAUCUUGGAUCUCAACCAGGAGAUGGCCAGUGUGAAAGAGCAACUAAGGGAAAGUCAUGCACAUGUCAGGACGCUCCACCAGGAUAAGCAGAGACUCGAGAAGCAAAUGCAUGGAUUAAAAUCCCGGGUCUCGUCAGCCAGCUCAGCCCAUGAGGUAACCAAAGAACACGAUGUGGACCGAGGUAGCAAGACUGGAGGUGGCCUUCGAGAGUUUAAGCUCAACCGCAGUAAGACUACACCGCACCCACCGCAACAGCAGCCUCAGGAUCAUGAGCCUAUGCCGGCCACGACGAGCAAGUUCAACAAGCGGAUAUCAUCCCUGCCUCAGAGUCACGAAGCCAGUGUACCAUUGGUGACUACGACCGGGCCUGCGCCAUCUCAGAGUGAGCACGAGGCUUUACUAGCUGAGCUAGUGCAAGCCAAAACCGCCGAAGCAGUGGCGAAGCAAGAAGCUGAAGAGGCUCGGCAAAAGCUGGAGUCUAUACGUAAAUCUCACGGAUUGAGCCGCUCCGUAUCAGCGCAUGCUCCUUCGGCAUCACAGUCUGGACCCGGUGGAGUGUUCAGCCUUCUUACCGGCCACGGGGUAGCUGCCACAAAUGACGUCGCGAUGAAGCCGGCAUCGACGAAUGCUGGAUCUCCAGGAUCCGGAGGAAGUUUUUGGGGUUGGCGAAGGUAGAGAGUCAGGAUUGUGGCUUCUAUCUCAACGAACGUUGAACCGUGUUCACCAUCCACUCACGCGACAUGUCUUGAAGUGAAAAUUGUCGAUUCUUUGUACAUAUUUUGGGAAGCAUGAGAUUCGUGCAGUCGAGCGCAUAUGUUGGGAUGUUAAGGCGAGAAGCUGGGAGAAGCUGGGAACUCUGAGUGUUGGGCAUGGGCCACAUGUGCCCUUUUAACGGUUGUUUUCCUUGUUUCCACAUGUGUCACAAAGGCACCAUCAUUGUCGUCAUACCAGGGCGUUUGCCUACUUAGCACGGGAGCUGAAGUCUAAAGAUGACUGCUGUCGGGGUUUCUCAGAAUGCCGCACGAUCGCGGAUUGAUAGAUACUAUAUAAGUCUAUGUAAUUGAAAAAGACAUUUUUAUUCACGAGA